AUCAACCAGCCUUAUGGUGUACAAUAGGAGUGACAGUCAAAUAUACAAGGUGAGAUAAUUCAUGUAGCCUACCUAACCAAGUUUUUUGUGUAGUUUUCAUGCACGCCACUGCUAAGGGUUCUGUGACCGCCUCGGUGGCAUUACGUCACUAAAGCUGCUUCAAAAAGAGGCUAAUGAAUUUGCGUGUCGACUAUAGAGGGCGCUGUACAAAAAUCACCACAAAAAUGCGGUGUUCGUCUGUACUCUUAGUCGUUUCUUUCCUUGGUUUGUAGGCUCUACAAUAUCAAACUAACAUGGAGGAACAGACUAAUAGCUCCGUUUCCUCUCGAAGCGAGAGAAAAGCACUCGAAAAAGCCAAAAUUGUGCAACGAGAGAAUCAGAGAAGAGCAUUUAAAAUGAUAUCAGAAAUUCUGAAGAAAGACGACGGUGAACGCACUGAAAAGGAUCUAGCAUCUUUACAGCAGCACCAAGAGAUUGUGCAAGAAUUAGGCAAACGCCAAAUCCGGAGGACCUUGGUGAAGAGGAAGCAAGACGAGUUGUUUGAUGAUGCAGAGGAGCUGAGAAACAAAGUGAAAGAGCUUGCCGAGGCGAUCCUGCAGUCCCAAAGCCUGGUCAUUUACACUGGAGCUGGCAUCAGCACGGCUGCAUCAAUCCCAGACUCGGGGCCUAAUGGUGUAUGGACAAGGUUGAAGAGGGGUCUCCCAGUGAGGGUGGAAGAUUUGAGCCAAGCCGAGCCUACCUUCACACACAUGUCCAUCAAGAUGUUGCAUCAAGAAAAACUGGUUCAGCAUGUGGUCUCUCAGAACUGUGAUGGCCUUCACCUCAGAAGUGGUCUCCCCAAGCACAACCUCUCUGAGCUACACGGAAAUAUGUUCAUAGAGGUGUGUAUGGCCUGCAUCCCGGUGAGGGAGUAUAUACGUCUGUUUGAUGUAACAGAGCGCACAGCUCUACACAGGCACACAACUGGGCGCCAGUGUGCUCAUUGUGGGGGAGAUCUUAGGGAUACUAUUGUGCACUUUGGGGAACGUGGCACCCUGGACCAGCCGCUGAACUGGAAGGGUGCUAUAGAGGCAGCUGAACGCUCUGAUGCCAUCCUCUGUUUGGGCUCCAGUCUUAAGGUACUGAAGAAAUAUCCACGCCUCUGGUGUAUGACCAGACCAGCCCUGAAGAGACCAAGGGUCUACAUCGUCAACUUACAGUGGACACCCAAAGAUGAUCUGGCCACUCUGAAAAUCAAUGGGAAGUGCGAUGAUGUGAUGUCACUACUGAUGGAGGAGCUCAAUAUUAAAGUCCCAGCCUACAACAGGGCUGAAGACCCGAUCCUCAGUAUGGCAACAACGCUCCAGCCAGUGGAGGAGAGCAGUCACACACGUAGAGUGAUCACGCCCCCUGCUGCUGGAGCUGCUGCUGGAGCGUGUGCUCAAGAGCCCAGUGACCAUGCUGGAGGGACCGUGACACAGGGAGGCUGGUUUGGACGAGGUUACAACAAAGGACGAAAGAAAAAAACAGACGGUGUAAUAAACUAAAAGAAACUCCAGAAGAGAAACCGACUCGUGACUGUUGUGAUGUUCUGGGCUGAUAGGGGUUAUGAGGCUACAUGAAGACGUGUUAUGGUAUUAGUCAAGGUCUCUGGUCUCUGCUCUUUUGACCUCAGGGAUUGUUCCCCCAUUGUAGUACUCUUGCUGUGCAAGUUAGCAAUUCAGUCGUCUUUGUCAUUCAAUUUCUUUGUCUUUAUUAAACUGUAUUUGUGUUUUUAAGUU